AUGGAGCAGGCAAUGCAGGCGGUCCCAUAUCCAGAAGUAUCAUGGCCAGGCUCUAUUGAUAUUCCAUUGAAGGCCUCUGAGGAGGUGGUUAGCAUUGAUCUUCAAAAUGAUUUACCAGAAGAUCCCGGCGACCUAAGAACUUUACUCGUCGAAGAAAAUUCCGAUAAGGAACACUGGCUGACUAUUGCAAUUGCUUAUUGUAAUCAAGGAAAGCUAGAUGAAUGCAUAAGUCUAAUACAGAUGGCACUGGAUGUUUUUCAGGGUCCUCAGUCGUCCUCUCUUCAUACCUUUUUAACUUGGGCAUAUUUAAAGCUAGCUAAAGAGUACUCACCAGACAGUCAAACAAGGGAUGCACAUCUCAACAAGGCCGAAUCACAUCUCAAGGAUGCUAUUGUCUACGAUCCUACGUGGAUAGGUAAUAUGCUAGCCACCAUUGACUUGUACUAUCAGCAACGUCAAUACGAUAAGGCUUUAGAGACUUCAGAUCUCUUUGUCAAAGGUAUCCAUGCGGAAGACGUCAGAAAUGGAAGACAACCAAAGGCAAAUGUUAUGUUUUUACUUCUUAGAGCGAAACUGUUGUACCAGAAAAAAAACUACACGGGCUGCCUGAGAUUAUUUCAGGAGCUUCUCGUUUUGAAUCCCAUGCUACAGCCUGAUCCAAGAAUCGGCAUCGGCAUGUGCUUUUGGCAAUUGAAGGAUUACAAGAUGGCUAUAACUUCUUGGAAAAGAUCUCUGGAAGUAAAUCCAGGGAAUAGUAAUACAAAUAUUUUGGUAUUAUUGGGCGAGUUCCAUUCUUCUCUGUCGAAUUCGGAAGAUGAUGAUGACUUCAAGCUUAAUUACUCUAAAGCAUUGACAGACUUGAAUAAUAUCUAUUCUGACAAUAGGGAAAAUCCUGUCCUGCUUGUCUUAUUUCAAAGUUAUCUCUAUUUUAAAGGUGGUUAUCAAAAAGUAAUUGAUUUGUAUGAAAAGAGAAUAAUUGUUAAAUCACAACUUGUCGCUGAUACUGUUCUCUCCGAAUCUGCUUUUUGGUGUGGAAGAGCCUAUUACUCGCUGGGUGAGUUUCGGAAAGCUUUUCUUUUGUUCCAGGAAAGUAUCAAGCAAAAUGAAGAUAAUCUUCUCGCUAAAUUUGGCCUUGGCCAAACACAAAUUCAAAAUAAGUUAGUUGAGGAGGGUAUUCUUACGUUUGAGAACCUAUACAAAACCCAUGAAAGUAUUCAAGAACUCAACUACAUUUUGGGUUUACUGUAUGCUUCAAAGUGUUUAGAUUCUGCAUUGUGGUCGCCAUUACCUCAUACAGAUCAACAAGUUAUCUUGAACAAGGCUAUUAACUUUUUGGAGAAAUACAUCAAAUUGACCAAAGCCAAAAAGAACCAGCGUGUCAUUUUGAGAGCGUAUUUGACGCUUUCUGAAUUGUUUGAACUGCAGAACUCAUAUAAGCAGUCAUUAGAGUACCUUUCAAAGGCUGUCGAGCAAAUAGGAUUUGCUGGAGACAUCGAUGUUCCAGUUGAAAUCUUGAACAAUUUGGGCUGCUUUCAUUUCAUAAACGGCGAUCUUGGCGAGGCUAUCAAAUUGUUUGAGGUCGCAGGAAAUACAAAGGAAAAGAAUCAAUCAGGAAACAGCUUCCUAAUAACUGUCGAGUACAAUACUGCUCGUGUUUUGGAAUCUUCCGAAGCAAAAACUUCCGAAGACAUUUAUAGGAAAAUCCUGUCAGCUCACCCAGAAUAUGUCUACGCCAAGGUAAGGUUACUUUAUUUAAAGUUCACGUCAGCAAACUCUAAGGAACUUUCUCAAGAAAUAAGUAAUUUGAUUGCAAGACACGGGUCAAAUUUGGAAGUUAGAUCCUUCUACAGCUGGUAUUUAAAGCACUCUGCUGAUCCUAAGACGAACGAAAAGGGUGAGAACUUAGAAACUAAUCAUAACAGAGAUACCUUGUUGAAAUUUAACUCACAUGAUUCUUACGCCUUAAUAUCGUUGGCAAAUCUCUACAUUACUAUCGCACGAGACAACAAGAAGUCAUCCUCCCCCAAGGAUCAAGAAAAAUGUAAGCAGUCAUUUAUUAAAGCUAUUCAACUUUUCCAAAAAGUUCUACAACUUGAUCCUUACAAUAUUUUUGCUGCGCAGGGCUUAGCAAUUGUUUUCGCUGAAAAUAAAAGACUAGGCCCAUCGCUUGAAAUUUUUAGAAAAGUUAGAGAUUCCCUCGAUGAAGAAGCCGUUCAUAUUAACUUAGGGCAUUGCUUGUUAGAGAUGCACGAGUACUCAAAAGCUAUUGAGAAUUACGAUAUUGCUUUAAAAAGAUUCGACAGAGAAGGCAAUAAAUCUCAUAUUCUCAACUUACUUGGUAAGGCUUGGUAUUUGCGCGGUGUGAAGGAAAAAUCUCUUGAAUGCUUCAAAAAAUCCCUUAUUUACGCCAAGCAGUCGAUGGAGCUAGAGUGCAAUAAAGAAAGGAGCAAAAUGCUGGACGCUGUUACAUUUAAUGUUGCUUUGCUGGAGUUUCAAGUCGCUGAAACUUUGAGAAGAUCCCUACCCAAGACUAGAACACUUCAAGACCUGAGGAAAGCUGCGUCUGGGCUGGAUUCGGCGCUGGAUCUCUUGAGAGGUUUAAUUGAUCGUAAGACUGGUAUUGUUCCAAUUGAAGAAUUGGAGCAGCGCUUACAGCUUGGCGAAACAACAAUGAAGAGUGCCCUUGAGAGAUGUAUUCAAGAGCAAAAGGACUAUGAGUCUGAGGCGGCGGAAAAAUUGGAAAAAGCUCGGAAACUGAUGGAGGAAACCGAACAAAAGGAGUUACAACAGUUGAAGUUGUUGGAAGAACAAGAGCGUGCCAAGAAGCAAAAGCAAGCUGAAGAGUUCAGGAAGCUACAGGAGGAGGCUCGUAAACUAAUGGAGGAGCGUGCUGAAAUGGAUAAUCUAAUAAAUGAAAAGGAUGAGAAUGGCAUGCUUAGUGGCGAUGACGACGUUAAUGAGGACGCUGCUGAGAAGCCAAAGAAAAAAAAGAAGCGUGCCAAAAGAGUCAAGAAAGAUCAGGAUGAUGAUGCUCCCAAGAGGAGGAAGAGGUCCAAGAAGCCCGUAAUUGGGGAUGAUGAUGAAGAUAAUAGCGACAGCAAUGAAGUGCCACCUCUGUCUAAAGAGUUUAUCGAUGAUAGCGACGAAGAAAUAGGCGAGGGGCCAAAAAGUAUGUCUGGUGGUGAUGGCGAAGCAUCCGCAGUUGCAACUCCUAAAAACAGCGACGGCGAAAAUGACCUGUUUUAG